AUGGAUUCUUCUAAGCCCUCCUUGCCUCGUCUAAGUACCAAUAUUCUUCUCCUAGAACAAGUGCCUAAUGCUCUGGCACCUAAGGCCUUUUCAAACGCCAAAGUACCCCCGGUGAUCAUGCCCGAGAGACCAGCUCCCUCAUCAUUGUUCAAAGAAGAGAACCAAGAGGAAAAUGUGGCGCCUAUCACGCGUCUUUCAGAGCCAAAGCCCGUCUAUCUUGCUCCGAAAUGUGUACCCGAUUCGCCUAUCGCAAAGCCCAUGAAGACAAUGUAUUACGAGGACGCGUUCACUGUCCGUGGAUUGAAUCACUCUCCAAAGGACCGUGUUGCUCAGGGCUCAGUUGUUAUCGUGGAGCUAAAGACCAAUAUCAAGGCAAAGGAGAAUACACCCAAACUUCUGUCGGAUCUAGCCCUCUUUUUCGCCCAGACGUACCAACAUCCCGAGACUUCAGUCCUUGUCACAGUCGAUGAGGAUGCUCUUCUGACGUUCGGCAAUACCCCCGACUCAGCCUACCUGAUCAAGAUCUCCGCUCUUCCUAGUCUGAUCGCACCGCUCACCAAUCAACGCAACACGAGCCUCAUACAAGCAGCCCUCCUGAAUUUUCUCGGCAUUGCAUCAGAUAGAGGUGUCAUAAUUUUUGGCUCGGUGGGCGAAGACGACCUUGCAACAAACGGAGCUACUGCCAGGGGAGAGAUCAGCCGCCUUGAACGCAGUGAUCAUGGCAACAACCCCAGCCUAUUCAAGAGCAUCUCACGAUCGAUGAGUCGUCGUUUGAAGUCGAGUAGUGGCAACAGUGCUCCGAUGUCCCUCGCUGGUCUCAGCACUGUGGUCAGCCCCGAUGGUUUUGCCAUGGUUCCGGGUGCUUCUGACCUGCCGGAGACCAUUCCGCUCCGAUCUUCUCAGCCAGAUAAUGCAAAAUCUACAGAGCUAUCGAAGACUGAGUCGCAAACAGCAAAGUCCCUUACACUGGAAUCACCAAAGGAGGAUUCACUCAAUCAGGUGUCAUCUAAGGACGAGAAAAAGGAACGAGGACUGAAGAAGAGAGAGAGCCUAAAGAGCUUCGUUAACCGCCGUUUGUUCGAGUUGACUGGGCCAAGAGGAGCUUCUACACCCACACCAAAGCGAAAGAAUGUCUGA